CUGACAGCCAGUUGUAUGCCAUAUUGAGCACUCGAAUUAGUGUACGGACUUCAUCAGAACUUUAACAUUUAUUUGGCGAAACGGAAAUAUUUGAAAAUGUCUGAAAGAGCGGAUUAAUGUGUAAAAUGAUUUUAUGUUAAUGAUGUUUAACGUGUUUCCGUUAUUAUUUCUAUUUUCGUUGCCACGCGUUACUCAUUACAAGUCGUUAGGUGAGAGCGAAUCUACAGAUCUGAACACAAACAUACAUGUAUGUAAACAUGUGUCGAGCCGUUUAACGCAAUGAGGAUACACAGCUUGCUAUAAAGCAUGGAAAGAUAACUGGCUUGGGUGCGUGUUAACUGUGAUCAUACCGUGUGGUUGUCGGUAGACGAUAGUGAUGUCUCUGAUCGAGGGACUGGGGGAUGAAGUGACGUUUGCCUUUGUCUUACUCACCGUUAUCCUGGUGGCUGUGAUCGCAUGGGUCUCAACCCACACCAGAGAAAUUCCCUUCAUCAGUGUCAUCGUCGUGGAACUCUCGCGUAGGUCAGAACAAGACCGACGUGUUGGUAACUCCGGCGAUUCCUCAACGCCUAAUGAAAGUAACAUUCCUGAAGGUGAAGCUGAUGCUACGGAAACCAAUGAAAGCGUGGCCAGUGAGAAUUCAUUGUGUGAUAACACGACUCAGAAAGCCAGUCCGAUUGACGAUUCUGCCUCUGAAGUUGCAAGUGGAACUGAGGGUUCAGGUGUUUUAGAAAACGAUGAUUCUGUUACCACGGUUACGGAUCAUUCUUGUACUGUCACCGACCUUCUUUCUACACAAGGAGAUGUGAUGGGAAAGACGGAUGGUUUGAAUGCAAUAACCGAAAUAAAGGGAGGCAAUAACAUUAGUUCUGAUUCUGUUCCUGGAAGUCGACAGGUGACAGAAGGUAGUGAGAAUUCAGCAGGGAACAAUGCAACAGAGUGUGACACCACCGACGCGACAAGACAACAUAUGGAAUCCGAGCUCCGACACCGGCGUCUUGCCUUCUUUGAUGGUUCAAACCGUGGCAGCAACUCAGCUGAUGACACCAGCUCUUCACACACUAACAAACAGAGUCACGGCAACAGUCACAGCAAUUCUGCAGCGGCAACAUCUGAAACAUCAGCUUCAGCACCAUCGUCCUGUUUGUCUACGCCUCUUGGUGAGGCUGAGGUUGAGGGUGAAUUGCCCGCCACAGACAGAGUUAACUUGGCUGAACCCGGUACAGGCAGUGCGAGGUCAUGUGAUGCCAGCGAGUUGAGUGAAUCUGGGAGUGAAAUCCGAGUGCGACUGAAAUAUCUGAACGACACUCAGCGAUUGGUGUACACACGACCUUCACAGACCGUCCAGGAGUUCAGGAGAGCGCACUUCGCAUCGGAACUGGCCAACAACAAACUGGUGCGGUUCAUAUUCAACGGUCAGGAUCUGCGUAACGACGGCUACACGCUGCAGUCAUACAACAUCGUCGACAACAGCGUCGUGCACUGUCUGGUCACGCAGACACAGCAGACCCCGCACGUCAUGCCACACGACGACGACCUUGACCUAGAUGUGGGUCACCUGAUGCUGCCUCUGUUUGGCUUCAUCCUGGCUGUAAUCUGGUACCUGCGCUUCUCCUACAGGCAGUACUUCAACGCGAUGUCCACGCUCUGCCUCGUGGGUGUCACGUUCCUCUUCUUCUUGGGAGUUGUCUCCUCCUACAACGGACACAGACGUAGAGUGCACGUCGACUGAUAUUUAUCUUUAACUCACAUCACUCAGUUUGUUAGUCUGGGGUGCUUUAAAGGUUCAAGUGUAAAGUUCUACAAAUGUCUUGGGUAAUUUAAAGGUGCAUUGUCACAAUAACAUAAUUAAGUGUAAAGUUCUGCAAACAUCUUGGGUAAUUUAAAGGUGUGUUGUCACAGUAACAUAAUUAAGUGUAAAUUUCUGCAAACAUCUUGGGUAAUUUAAAGGUGCGUUGUCACAGUAACAUAAUUAAGUGUAAAGUUCUGCAAACGUCUUGGGUAAUUUAAAGGUGCAUUCUCACAGUAACAUAAUUAAGUGUAAAGUUCUGCAAACGUCUUGGGUAAUUUAAAGGUGCAUUCUCACAGUAACUGCAAAUGUCAUAUUUUACUAUGUUUGCCUAUAUUUACGAUACAUUUUAAUGUGUUAUCAGUGGGCGUGAACAGUGGUUCUUUUGAGAAAUCUUUGGCGAAAGGAAACCAUUGAAAAUAUUUAUCCUAUAUUAGUUAAAGUAGAAUGAUUUAUUUAUGAUUUGCUUAUAAGCAGUAUAUGGAGGUGCAGUUCAAAUUCAGACUUUGACGUCACGUGUUAACCUGUUGGACUUUGUAAUAAUAUAUAAGAUUAAAAAAUAUGUGUAAAGAAUUUAUUUGUACAUAAUAUUUUGUGGGCAUGUAAUUAACCCACCCACUAGAGAUUGUGCCCACCCCCCCACUCAAGCUAUUGUUCCUACAGGACUGUUAGGUUAGAACAGUUUGAGAACUCCGGCUUUGGAGAACUAGCCUGUAGAAUGGGAGUGGGGUGGUGGGUGGGGCGGGGGCUUGGAGGAAAACAUCACAUUCACGUGGAUGUUCAGAUUAACUUCCCUUUGGAAGAAGUUAUUACGAUACAUUAGUGAAAAACAUUGAGAAUGAACAUCACAGAUCACCAUAUGAUCAGAAGAAAUUUGACCUUUACCCCUAUUAACUGGGAAAUUGGUGGAAACAGAACUAAAUGCAAAGACUGCAUAUGUUUUCAAAUAUCACAUUUUCAUAUUUCCACGGGUACUUUUACUUCAGGUAACCUAGGGGGUUCCGGUGUGAACCCGGGGGUACACAUGUAUUUCAAACUUUAAUUUUCAUUACAUUGCUAUAGCAGUUUACGAAACCAAACAGAAAUACAACAGAGUGAUGUAGCAUGGUCUGGAUCUGGGGGUUCCAGUGUGAACCUGGGGGUUCCUGAAUGAACCUGGGGGUUCCAGUUUAAACCUGGGAAUUCCAGUGUGCACCUAGGGGUUCCAGUGUAAACUUGGAGAUUCCAGUAUGAUCCUAGGGGUUCCAGUAUGAACCUGGGGGUUCCAGUGUGAACCUAGAUUUCAGUGUGAACCUGGGGGUUCCAGUGUGAACCUAGAUUCCAGUGUGAACCCGGGGGUUCCGGUAUGAACCUGGGGGGUUCCGGUGUGAACCCAGGGGGUUCCGGUGUGAACCUAGUAGAUCCAGAAUACCUAUAUGAAUAGCCUAAUUUUGCACUGUAAAAUUAUUUUAUUCUCGGGGAUGGGGGAUAGAGGUGGGAGGACCACCACUUCUUAAUCCCCUGCAAUACAGUUAUAAAUAGGAAAACAGUUUGUAAUAGACUUAUUGCCUUGGACUAAUUUAAUAAAUUAUUAUUUAUUUGAGAUUAUUUUAUAAUAAACUAAUAAUUUAAUAUCAUGUAAUUUCAUGUUGUAUGUACGAGUAUAUAUACAUAUACAUAAUGUGACAGGUGCGUGUGCAGGGGGAAGGGGUGGUCUGGGGGUUGACUCCCUCCUGAUCAAAGCGAAUUAUGUUGUUUUUUUUCAAUAUAUUUUCCAAGGAAGCAUGAACCGACCCUCUAGAAACGUAGUCUAGAUCCACACACACACCCCACCCCCCCCCCCCCCCCCCACACCCCCCCCCCCACACACCCCACCCACCCCCAUCAUUUCUUGUACACGCGUCUGUGUGUUUAAUACUAACACGCAUGUAUAGGUAUAUGGAACCCCUUUUCAUUUUAAACAGAAGUACAAGACCAUGUGAUAAACGUUCUCGAAAGCCACACGUUCGGAUGUUUCCGUCAUGUUUGUACUUGUACAAGAAUAAUGUGAACAAUCUGGCGAUCUAUACGAGAGGGUUGUUGGUUUAUUUGUUUGAUUUGUCGUAUAAAAUGAAAUAAAGAAAUUAAAAAUAA